UCUCUUUCUCUUCUAUCUAUCUAUCUAUCUCUCCUGCAACUUCCACUCAUCUGUGAUUCUCUCCACUAUCAAACCUUUUACAAAAGAGAAAGCCCUUCGAGAGGAAUCAUCCAUCCAUAGCCAUGGUUUUUACCUCCAUCCCUCCUUAUCUUGAUCCAUCCAACUGGCAACAACAGCAAAGUAAUCACCAUACUGGCUCUCUCGCCGGCGGUGUGAGUUCUCAGCAGCAGCAACAGCAGCAGCUUCUUUCUCCGCCGCAUCCUCCGCCUUCGUUGCCUCCACCGCAGCCUCAUGGAGCCGGAGGGACGGGUUCGAUCAGGCCAGGUUCCAUGGCUGAUCGAGCCCGGAUGGCGAACAUACCCAUGCCGGAGGCUGCUCUGAAAUGUCCCAGGUGUGAAUCUACAAACACCAAGUUUUGUUACUUCAACAACUACAGCCUCUCUCAGCCUCGCCACUUCUGCAAGACUUGUCGGAGGUACUGGACCCGUGGCGGAGCGCUGAGGAAUGUGCCUGUCGGAGGGGGAUGCCGGAGGAACAAGAGAAGCAAAGGAAGCAGCUCUAAGUCACCGGCGAGUUCAGAUCGUCAAGGUGGGAGCACUAGUUCCAACAACUCCGUCUCUUCUAACAGUAAUUCUGCCGGCGACUUAAUGGGACUCGCCCCUCAUGCGCCACCACUGAGAUUUAUGUCUCCCUUACUUGCUGAUUUUGCUGCUGGUGGAGACAUGGGUUUAACCUACGGCGUAAAUUACAACGCAAUUUCAGCACCAAUGGGAGGAGUAGUCGGCGACUUAAAUUUCCAACUAGGAAAUGCUUUAGGCGGAGGAGGAGGAGGAAGUGGCGGCACUACCACGGCUGCCGGAAGCAGCAGUGGCUCUAUGUUAUUCGCUCCAGGAGGUUUGGAGCAAUGGCGGGUGCCACAAACACAGCAAUUUCCUUUCUUGGCUGGACUGGAAGGUUCACAGGGAUUGUACUCCUUUGACGGUGGCGCUUCCGCUGGAGAGGGACCGGGAUAUGGCAGCACGAGUCUUCGGCCAAAGGCGUUGGCGUCGACAACUGCUGGGGUGAUAACUCAGCUGGCUUCAGUGAAAAUGGAAGACAAUAAUCGGGAGAUGAAUUUGUCAAGCCAAUUCCUGGGAAGCGACCAGCACUAUUGGGGAACUGGUGGUUCUACUUCUGGCUGGACUGAUCUUUCUGGAUUUAGCUCAUCUUCAACUACUAGCAAUCCACUAUAGAAAAUUCUCAGCUCUCUUUGUGAAGCUUCUUGUUUUUGUUAGUGUGGCUUCCACUUUUACUUAUUAACUUUCCUAAACAAAGUUUCAUCUGAAAAAUCCUUCUGAUAUGGCCAUGGCAUGAUCUGGCGGGAAUCAUGGAUAUGAUGAGUGCUUUGUUUCUUAUUUCAAACCCAAAUGAGAACCCUAGGGAUAUGUGAUAGUUCUUUUACUUUGGAUCUUUGAAUGCUUUUCUUCUUCAUAAUAGGUUUAGAUAUUGCUUGCAUGUGAUCAUGUUUACUAAAAUGAAUUUAUCAUCAGUUUAACAGAA